GACUGAACUCUGUUUGGCGCGACUCAAGUAACGUAUAAGCUUCAGCUUAGUAGGUGAAAUCCAAGUUUUCCUUCAUAUUACGAAGAAAAAUGACUAUUUAUCGAAUUAUCAAGGUUUUCAUGAAGUGGUGCCUCUUGCCUGGAUUUGUUGCUGCUGUUGCUUCAGUUUUAGUCCUUUUUAUAUCUGAUUAUCAUGAAAUGUGUGGCAAGGAUCAUGUCAAAGAGCUGUGUAACCAGUAUGAGCAGAAUUUAAUAGCUGGACCAUUAUGUCAUGACCUCUGUCAAUCAAAAACACUAACUUUUGACACUUGCUUGUCAACUCAACCCGACAAAGCUAUUUAUAAAGGCACAUGGAAGAAUGAGGAAGUCAUUCUUAAAAUACGGAAUGGAGUGGAGAUUGAAUCAUAUUCAUUUAGUCAUUUGAAAACCAACGAGGACCACAAAAAUCAAAUCAGUGCUACCGUCAAAAUUUUAUUUGGAGAGUGUGAAAACUGUUCUGAUUUGACUGACAGGUUAGCAAAAACAGCAGAUGUGAAUAAUGAUGGGCAGCUGACACCUGCUGAAACCAUGACGAUGGUCACCCUUUUGCAAACACCAGAGCCAUCAAUGAUGUUGAUUAUUAAUGAUAGUAAGCACGUUCCCGAGAUGUAUGGGUACUGUGGCAAACUGUAUGCAGUUGAAAAGCUGCCAGUUAUAGCAGACAGUGUGUUUGGAUACACAUGGAAUUUCUUGGAUUUGGCUGUAUUACCUAGUAUACUAGAGCCUUUCGAAGACUCACUAAAGAGGAAUGCAGAAAUCAUUUACAAAUCAUUGAAAACAUUUAAGAUAGUUAGAGAAUGGAUUUUUCCAUUCAUAGAAGAUUUGAAAUACUUUGUGUACCAAAAGAUUCUACGCAUGCGAUUACCAUCAUUGGAGGAACGAUUUAACUUCUCUUUGUCUUUGAUGGACACUGUUCUUGCUCUGUCAAGCACUCCAUAUGGAAUGUUUCAGUCUUGUGAUUCACAUUUGGGAAACUUUGGUUUAUCUGUAAACUCUGAGGUUAAAAUUAUUGAUGGUGAUCAGGUCCUCCCCAUACAUUAUCUUCAACUCGUCCUAACUUCUAAAAAAUGUAUAAAUGAUAGAAAUUGCAGAGUCGGAGAUUUUUAUGAAUGCUCAAGCGAGUGCGAUCAAAGCACUGGAUUUUGCACAUCAGAACUAGAAAAACGAAAUAUCCAAAACAUUUGUUCGGAUUCACUGGCUUUGAUUUUUAGAAAUAUCAGUGAGGACUUUAAGAACCAAACAUUAAUUUGCCUUGAAAAAGCGAUUUAUAAAUUGGCUGCAUUUUGUUAUACGUUACCAACAGAAAAACUGGUGUCUGAGAUAAAAGAUGAUAUUGAAAUUGUCAAAGAAAAAUUACUGCAUAUUUCACGGGGAGAGUUUGAUAGCUGUUUGUGAAAGAAGAGCUUAAUAUUGCUGGUGCAAGGUAAUCCCAUAUAAAAUAGAACAGGGAUGAUUGCCAUACCCCUAAAAGGUAGAGCCUUGUCCAGUUGGGCGUGGCAGCUAAUGAUUUUUUACCCCUACCACUUACCGAUUAUAUAUUAUCUAAGCGAAAGAAGUAAGAUGAUUAGAUGAA